AUGGUCAUGUUCAUCGAACGUGGUAUACGCCGCGGUCUCAGUCAAUGUUCCAGAAGAUACGCACAGGCUAAUAACAAGUACCUGCAGUCUUACGAUUCAUCGAAAUUAUUGUCGUACCUAAUGUACUUUGACGUAAACAAUCUGUACGGUUGGGCAAUGUGUCAACCGCUGCCUUACGCCGAAUUUCAAUGGGUUACAGAUGUUUCAACAUAUGAUGUAUCUUCAAUCGCUGUCGAUUCACCCAUAGGUUAUAUUCUCGAGGUCGGUCUGAAAUAUCCGCAAUAUUUGCACGACGCUCACGCUGACCUACCGUUUUGUCCAACGUGCGCCAAACCACCCGGUAAAAAACGGGAUAAGUUAUUGUUAACAUUAUACGAUAAGCAGCGUUAUGUUAUUCAUUAUCGCAACCUGCAGCAGUGCACGCGUCACGGUCUUCGCAUUACAAAAAUACAUCGUAUACUCCAAUUCGCUUAA